AUGCGCUUAGCACGGCCGAAGUUCUCAGAAGCAGCACCGUUUUCUGUGGAUCCACUCGAUGCAGCUGGCUUCUCUCAACUCAUCGAAACAGCUCUCACUAAAAGUGACAGUGGCGAGAAAAAGCAAGACGUUAUUGGAGAUUAUUUUAUAGCGCCACAGAUGAAUAUUUAUCUUGGCGAAACCUUUACUUUCUAUGUCAACUGCACCAAUGAGAGCGAUCAAAAAGUCACUGAUGUAUCCGUAAAAUGCGAUCUGCAAACGAAUAGCCAAAGAGUGAGUCUAGCCUCGAACAUUCACGACGUUGUUUUGGAAGGUGGAAAAUGCUCGGGUCAAAUUAUCACUCAUGAAGUCAAGGAAAUUGGCCAACAUAUCCUGAUCUGCUCCGUGAACUACAAGACGUCUUCUGAUGAAAAGAUGUAUUUUCGGAAAUUCAUUAAAUUCCCCGUUAGCAAGCCCAUCGACGUGAAGACCAAAUUUUACAAUGCAGAGGUGAGAAUUAAUGUUGAUCUUUUUAUUGUUUUUUCUGCAGUUGAGACAAAAAAUGAAGUGGAAAAUUUGCUUGUCAACAAAAUAGUAUCGGUUGCUCCGACGGACACCCGCGCCGCGACCGCUCGCGUACACGCGUGCGCCUCACACGAUACCGAUUCGCUGCAUAAUUAA